AUGGCGAUGCGAGGUUAUGUUGAGGGCCCUCCUUCGCCCUUUAUUGCCUGUUUAAUCCUCCAUGAUAACGUCUUUAAUGACAAACAGAGGAAUAUGAAACACGUGAAAGCUACCAUCCGCGCCGCCGAUGAAUGGUUUCGAAUUCAGGUGAAUAUAGAGAAUCCCGACCGUUGCGUCGUUCGACUGCGGCCGCGUGUCCUGGAAAGCGGCGUCGAUGCCGUUUCCACGCUGCUACGGGAAAUCCCCCAACUCCUUGCACGGGUACAUCGCCGAAUACGUCGAUAG